AUGAAAUUUAAGGACCAGUUCCUAGCUGUUUCAUGCACGAAGACAAAGAAAAAGAAGAACAACGUUGCCGUUCCAGUAGUAGCCUCAAUCGUUGCUGCAUUGUUUGUGGUCUUGACUGUAUUGGGUACCCUGUGUCUGGUUAAAAGGAGACGACAAAGAGUGAGAAAGGUGGAUGCCGACUCGAACAAGAAUGAUAGCACAAUCGAGACAAAGAAUCGUCAGUUUACAUAUUCUGAGGUCCUGAGUGUCACCAACAACUUCGAGAGAGCCAUUGGUAAAGGAGGGUUCGGCACAGUAUACCAUGGAUAUGUGGGGGACACACAAGUUGCUGUGAAGAUGCUCUCUCCACAAUCAAUUCAAGGGUACAAACAAUUUCAGGCAGAGGCCAACCUUCUUAUGAAGAUUCAUCACAAAAGUUUGACAUCUUUUGUUGGGUAUUGCAACGAGGGGACAAACAAGGGAAUCAUAUACGAGUACAUGGCAAAUGGGAACUUAGAGAAGCACCUCUCAGCUAGAAAUUCAAAUGUUUUAAAUUGGGAAGACAGACUUCAAAUAGCAAUUGACACCGCACAAGGAUUGGAGUAUCUGCACUACGGUUGCAAGCCACCAAUAAUCCACAGAGAUGUGAAGUGCACCAAUAUCUUAUUAGACGAAAAGUUUCAUGCCAAACUAGCUGACUUUAGGCUAUCCAGGGCUUUUCCGAUUGAAGGUGAUACUCAUGUGUCCACUGUAGUUGCUGGCACUCCUGGGUACCUUGACCCGGAUAUUGAUGGUCAGCAGGGCAACAACACAAACAAUACAAUUACCUGUCAGGCUGUUUCAUGCACGAAGACAAAGAAAAAGAAGAACAACGUUGUCGUUCCAGUAGUAGCCUCAAUCGUUGCUGCAUUGUUUGUGGUCUUGACUGUUUUGGGUACCCUGUGUCUGGUUAAAAGGAGACGACAAAGAGUGAGAAAGGUGGAUGCCGACUCGAACAAGAAUGAUAGCACAAUCGAGACAAAGAAUCGUCAGUUUACAUAUUCUGAGGUCCUGAGUGUCACCAACAACUUCGAGAGAGCCAUUGGUAAAGGAGGGUUCGGCACAGUAUACCAUGGAUAUGUGGGGGACACACAAGUUGCUGUGAAGAUGCUCUCUCCACAAUCAAUUCAAGGGUACAAACAAUUUCAGGCAGAGGCCAACCUUCUUAUGAAGAUUCAUCACAAAAGUUUGACAUCUUUUGUUGGGUAUUGCAACGAGGGGACAAACAAGGGAAUCAUAUACGAGUACAUGGCAAAUGGGAACUUAGAGAAGCACCUCUCAGCUAGAAAUUCAAAUGUUUUAAAUUGGGAAGACAGACUUCAAAUAGCAAUUGACACCGCACAAGGAUUGGAGUAUCUGCACGACGGUUGCAAGCCACCAAUAAUCCACAGAGAUGUGAAGUGCACCAAUAUCUUAUUAGAUGAAAAGUUUCAUGCCAAACUAGCUGACUUUGGGCUAUCCAGAGCUUGUCCGAUUGAAGGUGAUACUCAUGUGUCCACAGUAGUUGCUGGCACUCCUGGGUACCUUGACCCGGAAUAUUACUCAUCAAAUAGGUUGACAGACAAAAGUGAUGUCUAUAGCUUCGGGGUUGUACUGUUGGAGAUAAUCACAGGCCAACCAGCUAUAAUAAAAACUCAUGAGCAGGCUCACAUUGUUCAAUGGGUUAGUUCAAUUCUUGAAAAAGGGGAUGUUAAAAAUAUUGUUGAUCCAAGAUUAGGGGGAGGUUUUUAUGUUAAUUCUGCCUGGAAAGCUGUGGAGUUAGCAAUGGCUUGUGUCUCUCGUUCUUCCAACAAAAGGCCAACCAUGACUUCUGUGGUGAAAGAACUGAAAGAGUGCUUGGAUAUAGAGACAGCUGACAAUGAGAGAGAAUCAAAGGAUUCAAUUGGGGUGAUACCAACGAAUAUGGAGAGUGGACUUGGUCCCCGUGCAAGGUCGUGGAGUUCGUAAAAAUUUGAUUUUUCUGUGUUGAAACAUUUCUACUUCAAUAAUGUUACUUGCACCAAAUUUAGCUCUCAAAUCCACUGCCAAUGUUGGAUUAACAAUGAAUUCGAUCCGGUAUUGAAACCCAUUGGUUGUCUAACUGCAGCAGUGGAUUCAAUCAACAAAUUUGGUCAAUGAAUUUGCUAUUUCUACUUUAGUAGUUGUUCUUGAAACAACUUUUUUCUUUUGAAAUCUGAAGUUUAUGUCAUGCCAGAUUAUGGACCAUUAUCAUGGCCGUGGUGGAAAUUCUUUCCUCUUAGUUUGUUUGUAAUAAAGAACCUUGGAGUUUGCACCUUGAAAUGCAC